AUGUUCCGCCAAAGCAUCGCUCGUCCUCUCACCUCCGCCAACCGUUUCGUCGGAAACCGUUCGUUCUCUGCUCUCGCUCCCAGAAUGGGUGAGGGUGACACUGGCGCUCCCAAGACGGGUGGUGCUGCUUCAUCUGAUUCGUUCUCCCGCCGUGAAGCCGCGAAUGAAGCCGUCUACAUCAAGCAGCAGGAGCAGGAAAAACUCCAGGCCCUCAAGAAGAAGCUCUCUGAUCAGCGUGACCAGCUCAACGAGUUGGAGAAGCAUGUCGACGACUUGAGCAAGGGCAAGCAGCAGUAG